UUCAGCCUUCCCACAGAUACACUUCCAUCCAUUCAUCUCCACCAUGGCAAAGUUUCAGGUUAUCCUUAUGGCUGCAGCCCUCAGCCUGUUGGCCGUUUCCCAAGCUCAGCAGCAGCGCUAUUCGCAGCGCCUGAGCCGCGGACGUUCGAGGUACUCCGCUCGCCAGGAGCUGGCUCCCGCCGACGCAGCUGAUCCGGAUGCCGUCACGCCGUAUCCCUCGGCGGAUGAGCUGAAGCCGGAAGUGCCCUUCGACGAGGCUGCUGCUCCCUCGGCCGCCGAGCCCACACCGGAUGCCGUCUAUGGACCGCCCGAUGCUGCGCCUAACAGCGUUCCCGACGAGGUGUACGGCCCACCGGACGUGACCGGAAACGAUCUGCCCGCCGCCGCCGACAUUCCGACGGAGCAGCAGGCCCGUUUGGUAGCUGCCAGGAGGGCCGUUAACUACCGGAGAGUAGCCAAGCCCGUGGCCUAUCGCCGUCCACUUUCAGCCGCUGCUCGUCCGGCCAAGUUGAGUACUGCCCGGUCCACCGUGCGACGCUUCUAAAUGAAAAUCUAGCAGCCAACUCAAAACAAAAACCCAUGACGAUCCACCAGCCACGAUGACGACAAAAACAAACACAGGAACACUUUUUCACCUGAUCCCACACUCUACACAUAAAUAAAACACAUCCGAUUAUAAUAUAAUGCAAAUAAAUCUGCUUUCGAGAUAGAA